CAUCAGCGCAAGUGCUUGCUACCGCAAAGUCGAACCAUCGAGCCAAAUCAAACUAGCUUCUCUCUUACAACCCAAUGUCUCCGACUGUAUACCUUGUCUCUGGUGCGAAUCGUGGUAUCGGCCUCGGCCUCGUCACAUCCCUUGCCACCCGUGCGAAUGUCAUUGUCUUCGGCGGUGUUCGUGACCCGUCGUCUGCCACGGAUCUCAAGGCACUGCAAAACAAGUAUCCGAGAACGGUCCACAUUGUUAAGCUCACCUCGGCGAGCCGGUCAGACAACCUCGCAGCGAUAGAACAAAUCAAGCGCACUGCUGGAAGGCUGGACGUUGUGAUUGCAAACGCGGGCAUAGCCAAGUUCUGGGGUAGUAUCCUCGACACCCCAGAAGAAGAGAUGCGUGAGCACUACGAAGUGAACGUCGUUGGACCCACCGUGCUGUUCCAAGCAGCCUGGCCGCUAUUGAAAAAGUCGACAAGACCCGAUUUUGCUAUCAUCUCGUCUGUUGCUGGCAGCAUUGCAGUUGGUGCAGCAAUGCCUGCUGGUGUCCUUGCAUAUGGCGCGAGCAAGGCCGGUGCCAACUUUCUUGCAAUGAAGCUCCAUUCGGAACAUCCUGAGCUGGUUGUUAUUCCGAUCCAUCCCGGUUCCGUUGCGACCGAUAUGGGCGACUACGGCAAGAAGAACGACGCCGUGAUCCGAGAACUUACAUUCAUCCCUGUGGAGAAGAGUGUUGGAGGCAUCCUAAAUGUGGUCGAUGAUGCUAAACGCCCGCUGGAUGGACCGAAAAUGAUCAGCUACGACGGCUCGGUGAUACCGUGGUAAGGGAAUCACGAGUAUCAGGAAUGACCAGCCAAGUGUAGGAUACACCACUUGAAUCCACGGAGGCCAUUAGAUUCGUUAGGCAUGUAUGUAUAGAGAAUAUAACACGUCC